GUGAGUGAGUGAGUGAGGGUGAGUGAGCGGCUCUGCUCCGGCUCUCCGCUUCAUCAUGAGCUCACCUCAGUGCGGGAGAAUUCCUCUCACCUCCGCGCUCUGGAGCACUUCAGCAAGCUGACACUCAUGUCCGGAUUAUUCCUCACAAUCGGGUUAAAGUUUUUAAAGUUGUUGAGUGAAGUGACGCGGUUUGUUUGGGGACAUAAAUCUCAGCCUGCGUUAUGUCACUACUCUGCGUCCGAGUGAAAAAGGCCAAACUCCACGGAGCUCCAGAUACAUUUAAUGUCUAUGUGACUCUGAAAGUUCAGAAUGUUAAGAGCACGACCAUCACAGUGCGUGGAGACCAGCCAUGCUGGGAACAGGACUUCAUGUUUGAGAUUAACCGUUUGGAUCUGGGGCUGGUGGUGGAGCUCUGGAACAAAGGUCUGAUCUGGGACACCAUGGUGGGAACGGCCUGGAUCCCCCUCAACACCAUCCGCCAAUCAGAUGAGGAGGGUCCGGGUAAGUGGAUCAUGUUGGACUCGGAGGUCCUGAUGAAGGCCGAUGAGAUCUACGGCACUAAGAACCCGACUCCUCACCUGGUGCUGCUGGACACGCGCUUCGAGCUUCCCUUCGACAUUCCGGAGGAGGAGGCGCAGUACUGGACGAAGAAGCUGGAGCGCAUCAAUGCUAUGAGGAUACACGAUGAGGAUGAAGAGCGAGGAAUGCCGGUCCCCUCCGUCCCUUCACAGUGCUCUCUAGAUGAUCACGACAGCGCGGUGGACGACAGAGACAGCGACUACCGCAGCGAGACCAACAGCCGUCCUCCACGAUACCACACCACGGCCCAGCCCAAUUCUUCUGUCCACCAGUACCCCAUGAGCCGAAGGACACGUCCACAAGCCGCAUCCAAAGAGUCCGGAACCGAGUCCAUACACAGCUAUGAGCUGGACUACAGGGAAGGAAGGGGACCGAGACGUCCAAACAGUAGAGUUGGGGUAAGGAUUGUACCUGUUGAUUCAGGUAUGGGUGUUGAGGACUGGGAAACUAAAUACAAACUCGAUGACAACCUCUUAGACGACUAUCUGGAACUGGAGCAGAAAACAUGGGACGAUGACGAUGAAACAAAGAGUGAAAUUUAUCACAUCGUAAACGAUCACGGCGACUCUAAGAGAAGUCGUUUUUAUCAGACUGUGGAGUGUGAGGCGACAUCUCCAGAGGCUAAUGAAUAUGAUGAAGCUGGAAACUCUAUAAAGACGUCUGGUGUGGGAAGUAGAGAGGUUCUCCUGGUCAAUAAAGAAGCAGGAAGCUUUGAGGAUGAAACCUCCCCUCCAGAGAUAUCCAUCAUUCCUUCAGUUAGGAAGCUUCAUCAGCAGGAGGCAGACCAAGAGGCCUAUAAAGAGAGUCUGUUGUACAAGACAACAAUGUGGGCAAAAACUCACAUUGAGGACAUUCUGGAGAACUACGCAGUUUAUCGGGAGAAGGAGGAAGCCAGGAUGAGGACAAGGAGUGAGUAUGAGUCAGUAGGAUCAGCAGAAGGUGUGUUUUCUCUUGGAUCUGAGGAGGAUUUGGAUGUUGUGGCAUUUGUUGAGGAGGAUACACAAUGUGAAUAUGACAGUUACUACAGUAGCAGGAAAUAUAUUUAUUCUCAUGGUGAAUGGCCUCACAGUUAUUAUGAGUUAAGGAGAAAUGUUAGUACUCGAAUUUUAGAUGAUGUUUCACCUGUUACGGAACCAAGUGAUGAUUAUAUUGAUACCAUGAAUGAACUGCAGAAAAUAGUCGAUACAGUAACUGAAUAUCUUGCUGGACGAGAGGAGGAGAUUAGUAAGUACGAGGAAGUGCAUAAGUCUGACAACAAAUUAAAGAUGGUUGACAAAGAAAAGGACAAAGAUAUCAAAUCAGAUGAAGUAAAGGAAGAAACUGCAGUCGAACAGGGUAUCACAGGGGUUAAAAAUGCUAUGAACUCCUUGUUUAGCUCACUUGUAGGCACCAAGUCAACAGGUGAAACCACAGAUACUACUGCUCCGACAACAACAACAUCAACAACAACGACAACAUGCUCUCCUUUACCUCUUCAGCCAGAGUCAGGUAUUUCUAAACUGUUGUGCUUCAUACCAAAAUCAAAUGGCAGCCCAACUCCUGUCGCAGUUGUUCCACCUGCUCAUCAGGAGCUGAAUGUAGAUAAGAAAUUCACCCUGCAGUCACAUCAGCCUCUUCAGCCAUCAGAGACCAGCUGUCCAGCUAGUGUGGAAGGAAUGGAAUAUACAACAAAUGCAGCAACUAGUCCUGAGACUCAGGAAAACACUGAAAGCCAGUCACAGUCAGUAGUUGAUUCUGUUCUGGGAAGACUGAGUCCCUUCAGGAUAUUUGGAGACAAACCAGCAGGUGAAGCAACUUCACAGCCAGAAACACCAAACAAAUCUCACGGAAGCACUGAGUCAAAAGAAACGUUAACAGAUAAAGCUAAAACUUUGUCAAUAGAGCAAUCUGCCUCACAAACAGAACAUCAGUCCGCAUGUGGAGGCUCAUGCAGUGGAUCAGUGGAACUAUUACCAGAAACUGAGUCAUCAGGAGAAAUACCUGAUGCCCUUCCUAGAGAAAUGACUUUUAUACCAGAAGAAAAUCCAACUACUCAAAAAACAACUGAUGACACUGGAUUUUUCAGCCCUUUCAAGAAGUCAAUCACAUCCUUCAUGACAACGACCCCUGCCCCUGUUGAUAAAACUGCUGAGGGUCCAUCUGGCAACUCUGUGUUUUCAAUAUUCAAACCUGCUGAAGCCCCUAAAACAGAAGAUGCACCAACCACUAUUGGAGACAAAUUAAAGCUUUCCUUCUUUUCUUCUGAUACUCCUGCCACUCCUCAAGCACCAAAACAAGAGAGUGGGCUUCUUUCUGGGUUGCUGAAAUUGGGACCUGGUGAAGACGCCACAACUUCAAAACAAGGUGUUUCCCAUACUUCUACUAAAUCACCUCUUCUAAGUCGUGCUGUGCUGUUGGAGAGUGUACCAAAGGGAAAUACAGAUACAGGAUGGUUUUCUAAUCUUUUCAAAAUGAGUCCUGCUGAAUCACCCAAACCACAAACAGUUGCAAAAUUUCCAUCAAAACCAACAGCCACAAUAAACAUACCCACUGUUGUAGUGGCACCUGAAGCAGUUGAAGAUUCUACUACAGUGUCAAAGGAUGUAGCACAAGAAGAGCAAAUGGCGCAAGAUGAUGAAACACCAAAGUCUGAAACUGAUAUCCAGUCUGUUCCCGAAAGCUUGACUGACACUGAGAAUGAUGGACAAUGUGUAAUUAAAACUGAGACUCAAGCAGAUCCUUCAGAGCUUCAAGACCAGGCCCAGCCUGAAGAAGAAGCAAUGUCUAAACACCAGGGCCUACUAACAGUGUUGUCUGGUGGCAACAAAACUUCUGAUAAGGCCCAAGAAGGUGGACUGCUCUCAACACUGUUUUCAUCUCUCACCAGCACUACAAAUGAGAGCCAGGCUCAGCAAGGUACCAUACAUCAAUCAACAGGGUUGUUUUCUGGGCUUUUAAAAAUGGCUUCCACAGAAAAUGCUGGCACAGGUAACAAACCAGCUGGCGCUCAACAGCAGCCUGCCAAUUCUGAAAGUCAGCUCGGCUCUAUGUCACCUGCUGGUGUCCAAAAACAAUCACAAGAACAAAAAACCACAUCACAGAAAGGUUUCCUGGCAGGGUUAUUCAGUAAGGGAUCAGAAGAAGACAGCUCAUCUAAAGAUACAACUGCUUCUCAUAUAAAGGAUGAAAAUAAUUCUAGUAUUGGAAAGGAUUUCCUUUCUGGCAUUUUCAAAUCAGAAGGCGAUGAAAGUGUUAGAACAGCUAUAAGUAAGGACUCUGUGUCCGCUGAGACUGCUGCACUUCCACAAGGUGGUGGGCUUUUAUCUGGGCUUUUUAAAUUGGCCAGUGACACUGUUACAAGUUCUCCAGCCACUCCUGCCCAACAAAGCAGUCAACCUUUAUUAAAACCAGCGACCACUCAAGGGUCAAACCAAGCACCACCUCAAACAACUACACCUCCAUCACAUCCAAGAGGUAUCUUAUCAGGACUUUUUAAAUUAGCAGGUACCGAAAAUGUUUGUGCCACUGGGAAUGUAGUCUCAGAUCAGCAGCCAGAACAACCAGGAAAUUGUGGUGGUCAGCAACCAAAUAAUAAGCAGCCAAAUACUCAGAGCAAUGCACCACCAGUUCCACCCCAAUCAGGAGGACUAUUUGGUGGAAUUCUGAAAUUAACGGAAAGUGCGCUUGCAUCAUCAAGCACACAGCAGCCAAGUGGUACAAGCAGUCAGCCCAGUCAACAGUCAUCAGAACCUUCUGCAACAGGAGGAAUGCUGUCAGGGUUUCUGAACAAAAUAUCUGUAGCUGAGAGUACGCCACAGCAGCCACAUCUCCCAGCUGCUAGCCAAGACCCUAAAUCAUCACAACAAUCUGCUUCUGCUGAACAAGGAAGCUUUCUUUCUGGUUUAUUUGGGAUUAGCAGUUCAGAAGCCAAUACUAGUAACCAGGUAUCCCCCCAGAAUGUUAAUUCACAACAGUUCAAUAGGCAAAAUCUGGUUUCACAUCAAGAGGCACAGCCAAGUGGACCAGCUGGAAUUCUUUCAGGCCUGUUCAAUAAGAUUGUAGACACAGCUUCUCAGUCUGGUCAGUCAGACCCAAAUCAAAAUACAGCCCAACAACCAUCUCCUGGUCUUUUAUCAGGGCUUUUUUCCGCUAACAAGCCCCCGGCACAACAGCAAAAAUCUCAUUCAGGCACACAAAUGAAUCACCAGGAACAGCAGCAGGACAAUAGGCAGCCCUUACAGAGCCAGCAUCAGAUCCCGGUACAGCCAGCUUCAGUAGCUGAGCCACAACAGGGAGGUCUGUUUUCUGGUCUUUUUAACAAAUUAACUUCCACUGACACCUCACCUCAACAUCCUGUGGUUGAAGGUUCACCCAGUGAACGAGCGUGUAAGUCAGGACAUCCAGUGCAAGGCCACCAAUCUCCUCCAGCAAGUCAAGUCCUAACUGAGGGUUACAAAACAAGUACAAUAACUGCAGUCUCUAAAAAAUCCUCUGCUGAGCAGCAACAGCCCUCAAUUGGAUUACAUCAACAAUCCAACAGGCAGGCUCAACAAGCUUCAAAGGCACCACCACCACCAGGAGCGGCACAGCAGCAAAGCCAUUCAGGAGGUCUUUUCUCUAGUAUUUUCAAGAUGUCUACAUCAGAAGAAUUACAACAGGAGCAGGCUCAAUCAAAUACCCAGACAGCUAACAAAUUAGAAAUGCAAGGUAGUGAUUCUCAAGAAAGUGGAAUUUUGUCUGGAUUUUUCAGCAAAAUCUCUGCAAAGACUGAAGAUAAGUCUGAUAGCCACAUUCCUUCAGGUCAGAAGCCACAGCAACAUGAAGAACAUAAGAAUCGUCCACAGAUUCAAAGAGCCAAACCAAUCGAGCAAGAGUCCACUCAGGAUGGAGAUAAUGAAAAGGAUCAAAAAACACCAUUGCGGAAAGGUUUUCUAGAGGGAUUGUUCAGUAAGGGAUCAGAGGACGACAGCUUAUCUAAAUUAAAGGAAACAAAUGAACCAAAGGCUAGUUUUAGUGCUGGAAAGGGUAUGCCUUCUGUAAUUUUUAAAUCAGAAGCCUGUGAAAGCAGAAAGACAGCAAUAACUAAUGAAUCAGAAAAGGGCUUCCUUGAUCAGCUUCUCCAUAAACAGAUUACAGAGGACUUUUCUAGUGUUACCAGCAUUUCAGGUUCAAAAACUAGCAGUCAGGUUCAGGAACCUGUAACACUGCAUCAAGCAGUAAAGUCUACCGAGCUGUACCUAGAAGAAGUCCACAGACUUUUAUAUGGUACAGCGACUGAAUAUGGAUAUCAGGAUCUGUUAUAUUUAUUUUCUGAGCAUGGUAUAGUUACACCAGAACUUUAUGAACACCAGUGUCUCAUAGAGGCACUUCUUUGGCAACAGCUGAAUGAUUAUGCCUUAUUAGAAGCCUUGGAAGCACAAGCACAAGAAUAUUAUGCAGGACCUCAAGAGGAUGCAUCAUCAAACAGUCAUGAAACAGUUAUGCAGGAGCCUGGAUGGUGGAGCCUGAAAAAUAUGGAUCCCAGGCAAUUUCACAUACCUUCAUAUCCCUGGCCAAAUGUAGUCAGCUCAUCAUUUCAAAAACGACUUCCGCAGGCUGAUGCAGAGGAUUACAUUGUAUUUGACAUGAGCGUCAAGAGCAGGAAACUCUGGGGAAGUCGUGAUAAUGUGGAUCAUUUUAGUAAUCAAACAAGCAGAAACCACUGGAUUGAGAAAGACUCAACAGGAACUCCAGCAAAGUUAACACGUUGUCAGUCACUUUUUGACUGUAGCAUAUAUGGCAAACCUGUUCAGAAUGGCACUCUGAGACCACAGUUUGAUACCUCAAAAUUCAUUAAACGACUGACAGUCAAAAAAGGUCCCAUAGAUUUGACAGCAGGUGCAGUUGAUCUCAGCAGCUUUUCUGCAACCACCAGAGAUACAGAAGAUGACAUGUUCUUUGAGGAUUCAGAAUGGUAUCAGCAAUGGCUUUCACUGCUGGAGCAAGGAAUGUGGUGGCCAGCUGAGACUGGUGAUUGUGGAUAUUAUAUUUAUGCAGAUGAGGACUAUAUAUACUCAUUGCUAACUGACCGGAGUGGAAAGCAUCUCUAUGCAUAUGCUACCCAGGAGAAUAGACAUGGUUUGGAAGAAAUUGCAGAGAAUAUCUCAAAUAUCCUGCAGAACAAAGAUAAACCAAAGAAGAUACUUUGUGGUUUUAAGAUACCAUUGUUUAAUGAAGAUGAAAUGCUCUGGGUUCCAUGUCAUAGUCAAGCAGGUGCUUCCAGUUCUCCUGUUGAUUUGUCUUCAGCCUUUGAAAAAGGUGAUAGAAUUAUGAAUAUGAAUCUUGAAAGUUUUUCUGAAAUGCUUCAAGAUUCCAUAAAUGGACAGACAGAGCAUCCUGUUGAUUUGAGUGUUUACAAGCUGCAGAAAAUAAAAGUGGGAAAGGAUGAGCCAAAAGUAAUUCAUCCAAAAGAGCAAAUGGAAGCGUCUGAUCUUACAAACAAAGAAAAAAAGGUAAAUAAUGGUGGACCAUACUGGAAAAAUCAGAGGAUUGAGGAUCUUUUCCCAGGGGAGUUGGUUACAGGUGUGUCAGCUAAUAUAUCUUCACAAACUUCAUCGGUAACUUAUAGACGGCACUCUUCUAUCAGGUGUCAUUCUCCAAUUCCUGAGAUUAAGAUUGGACUUGUAGAGGAGACUAAUAAAAAGGUUUUAUUAGAUGGCUUUGGUGCUAAGACAAAAGAUGUAGAAUCUUCUAAAAUGACUGUGAUAUCACAUGCUACAGACAGCAACUUGGCAGGUUCUAAAAUUGUCCCGCAGGAUCAGCAUGCCCAGAGAAAACUUCGAGAUGCUCCAGUAUUUUCUAAGGCAUCUAUCAGUUCAGCCAAAUCACCUCCAGCAACACCACGGAAUGUAGUGACUGAGCCCUUAAUUGUUACAACCACCUCCUCCCGAAUGACACUGCCUACUCCAAAAAGGUCAACCUCGAGUUUACAGUGUUCUUCUGGUUCAUCAUCCUCUGCUGUGUCCCAUAGGCCACAACUUGGAAGACAAUCGUCAAUUUUAAUGCAGUCGUUAAAGACAUCUAGAACUGAAGGGAUCCAGAGUUCAACAUCUUCCAUUUUACCUCAGCCACCAAAAGAUGUGUCUAAUGAUGAGAUCAUAAUCGAGGAUAUACUUGACUUUACCAAAUACAGGUUGAAGGAACUUAGAAAGAAACAUCAGUGGACAGAUCAAGCAGAUACAAAUGAGGAUGUAGGAAUUGAUCUGACUGUUGAGAUUAAAGAGGAGGUUAAGUCACCAGAAGAUGCUAAAGAGAAGUCAGAAUUCGAGGACCAGAAACUCAGUCCUGAGACUUCAGAGAUAGCAAAACCAAUGAAGGAGGUUGCUGAAGUUUCUGCUCUUACUAUGAAAGAACCUCUUUCUCACAAUGAGAAACAUUUCAUGUCAGAAUCACCAAAGCCUAAAACUGAAAAAGGACACAGUGAUUUUGGUGAAAUACCAGAUAUGUCCAUGGAGCAAGAAGAAGAAAAACAACAAUCUUUAGAAACUGAGAAAACCUUAGCAGCAUUUGAAGCUACCCAUGCCCAAAUAACUGAGAAGUCAGAAACAGAAAGUAAAACGGUGGAACAUCCCACAGAAGGACAGCCUCAUAAACAAGACUCUCUGGACACUGAGAAACCACUGGACUCUGAGCAGAAUCUUACCAAAGAACUGGAAUUGGAUACAGGCAAAGAAACUUGUAGGAACACUUACUCUGUUCAAAUAUCAGAAGCCAAGAAGUCUGAGAAAUCUUUAGAAUCAGAAAAGCCAGUUGAAUCAGAUGAAACCAUAGAAGCACAGAUACCUCAGAAAUUCAACAAACCUGUGGAUUAUAUAAGCCAUACUAAAACCGGUGAAAUAUCUGGAACACUGGAGGAAUCACAGAACAGAGAACUUGUCGAUAAUAAGUUCCCAACUGAAACUGAUGAAAUUCCAGAGAAGCUGGAGGAAUCAUGGGACAGAAAAGAAACACAAAUCCAGGAUGAAUCAGAGAAAGGGAGGUCCGAAACAGACAAAGAGGCUGACCAAGCAGAGCAGCCUAUAAAUUACAGAUGUGAUGGUGUGGUAGAGAAGGAACCAGCUCAAGUCAAGGAGCAAGAAGCAACAGAAAAACAAUUAACUGUUAUGCCAGCUCAAAUAGUUUCAGAACCACUGUCUGCUGUGAUUAUUCAGCCACAGCCACAAUCUCUACCAGAAAUGAUCGUCUCUCUUGACGAACCUAAACCAAGAAUGGUAGAGCCUCCUGACCAGCAGAGACUUGAAAUGCAAGGCCACCAUAGACCAAGUAUGACUUCUUUUCAAAGGCCACCUGAAUCAGCUGCAUUUUCCGGAUUUAUGUCUAUGUUCUCUGGACCAAGUGCCUCCAGCAAGCCUGCAACCUCCAGUUUCUUCACAUCACCUCAGCGUUCAUUCUUCAAAUUACAGCCAACUGGAGCUACAUGCACUCAGCAACAACACAAGACCUCAUUUUUUAACCUGCCCACUAACUUACCUGCUGGCCUCUCCACAGAGUCCCUAACAGGUGAUUUGUUUGGUUUAUUAAAAACUAAGGAUGCUGCCAGACCAGAGGAAACCAAAUCCGCAGUGGAGACCUGCAAGCUCAAGACUGAGGACCAGGAAGGAGUAAAAAACUUUAAUAAGCCAAGAAAUUCCAGUGGCAAUGAGUUAAGUACAGUUAGAGCAACUGAGGCAGUGGCUUCGGAGCAGGAAAUUGUGAAAGACUGUGAAAGGUCUGAUGUUGAGCCUGUUGAAGAGGCAAGAGGUACCAACAUAGAGAUCACAGACAUGUCUAUUAAACGUAAAGAAUCUGAGGCAGGUGUCAUGAAAGAGGAAUCUAGUGUAGAAGUAACAUCUCCAAUCCUCAUUGACAGGGUAGUCACUCAGGAGAAACAUCCAUCUUCACCUACAGCUAAGAGCAAGUUUGAAUUGUCUGGUCUGUCAGCACCCUCUUUUGGAGGUUUACUGUCAGGUGCUGCUGAGACGGCGAAGCCUUUUAGUUCUCUGUUUGGUUCUGCCACUGAUACAAAGCUGCCUCACCAGCCACCUGACUCAGGAAGUCUGUUUGCUAGCCUCAAAGGAUUUUCUGCGGGCUUCUUCCAAGAAGAGAAGUCAGCCCUUCCAAAUGAAGAACCCAUGUCUGCUCCAUCCAUGUUUGGGAAGAAAUUAGGCUUUCCAUGGCAGAGCACAGCACUUUCUCAGACACCUUCUACAGUUGUAACCACACAGGUAGAAAACAAAAACGACAACGAAGAAAUAGAGAUUGAAACAUUAUCACUAGAAUCAGACGUCACAGAGAGUGCAGAUUCCAGCGAUACUGAGGGACCAAAUGACAGCUAUUCAGACAAACAGCAAAGUUUUGACUCAAGUCCAGAAAUCCUGUUAGCAGUAAAGCAGGAUAUGUCUAAACCUGGAGAAGAAGAUGAAGCUGAAGGUGAUCCAUCUUUGAAAGAAAAGGACAGGGAUGCUACAGAUCAUGCCAUGGGACAGCUACCAGAGAGUCCACUGAAGAAAGAGCAUAGCAGAAGCCCAGAGGACAGCUCUCGGUUCGGCUCGUCUGGUAACCUGAGCCAGGCCAGUUCCCAGUUCAGCUCUGAACCAGAGGAGAGAAGUGACCCAGAGAACCAGACCCGACCUCCUGUCACCACCCGACCUCGGCUGUCCUCGGAGGAUGUAGAGAAAGGUGAAAGAGAGACUCGAACGAGCUCACAGGAGAAAAAAGAAGAGAAUGUCCUUCCUGCCCAGUCAGAGAGUUCUUUCAAAAUCGAUUCUCCUCCGAUCGCCCCGUCCCGCCUCCGCUGGCUAAAGGCCAUCAACAAAGUCCGAGUUCACCUGCACCAGCUUCACAUCCAGGGUGUAUUCCCGCCUCAGACCCAGCGCUCCCGGGACCAGAAUAAAGCGCUCGAUGAAGAUGAAUAA